AUGGAUGAACCAAAUGCACGUAAUUAUCACGUCCGAAACAUGUUGGCGCUCUUGAAUCGCCGCCCAGCACAUGUCUUAGAUUUAAAAUCUCUUGAAAUGACAAGAUUUGCAUUCCAUCUCAACAAAGUCAUGGCAAUAUCUUAUUGA